UGGGUAUGCAAUAUGCUCUACAUCCUUGUUGUUUGAAUCUGAAAGAAAACAUUUUGAAUGAUGAUGGAAACGUGAUAAUGACAUUGUCUCAUGAAGUUCAAUCAGAAUGUGUUAUAUGUAAUCAAAGGGAUGUUGUUAGGAAAAAUUAUAAAUGGUUGUCAAAUAAUGGGUGGUCAUAUGUAUUUGAUUCUGAUUCUUCUGAUGAAAAGUCAUGUAUUCAUGUGUCUUGCAUCAAGGAUAUGGUUCUUGAGAGUUUGGAAACUACUUCUGUACCAGAAAAAUGUAAUAUUAAUCAGGAAAUUACUACUACAAGAUCAAAAGAGAGAAUGCGUUCUUUCAUGAAAUUUAGCAAGAAAGCUGGGCACCUAACAAUGCUAGGGGUGCACCUAGCAAUGCUAUUCACAGGGGAUGUUACUUCUAUUGGUGGCAUUGUGGGAGACGUCACUGCAAUAUUUGCUGGGUGAUUAAUGUUGUGGCAAGUGUGAGCUGAGUUAAGUCUCACAUUGAUCAGAAAAGUGGAGGUUGAACACGAGAACCCAUAAACUUAACACCUUAAGGUUUUGAGUUAGAGUGUGGUGUCCAACUCACUUUUAGUUUGGUCACGAUCCUCUGUAUUCCAGUUGGCUAAUUUGCUUUUCUUUUUGGUGUGUGUUUUAUGUAGUGGAUUUUGGUGUUUUUCUUGUUUUAGUUGUCUCUUUGUUGUGUCUGGUUUUAUUUUCUGUGAUCUAGUAUUCCUGGUACUGGUUGUACUCUUUGGUUUGGUUCAUAUUAUAUAAUUAUCUAUUUUCCCU